UAUUCGAGUGUGCCUCAAACGAAAAUCGCCAGUGCAGUAACGAGAGAACAACAUAAACAUUCGUGUCGCUUACUGGGAUUGUCUCGCGUACUGUCGGAUUGUUGUGUACUGAUUUUCACUGGGAAGGAAAAAUCACCCAUUUGCGAUCAUUGGAAUUAUUUUCAUCAGCUUCUGUUGUUUUGACCGAGUAUUGGAUUAAUAGUAACCGAUCUGUGGAAAGAUGACUAUCCUGACGAAGCCCUUUGGGGAUAUCAAAAAGCCAGAAAACCCCCUUGUGGGAGGUGUACCCAGUGCACCUGAGGAUGCUUCACCCGAUGCCGAAUCAGGCGUACCUAGCGUCAUUCUAGUCCGCCGAGGUCGUCGUACUGUGUCACCCGUUGUCUCCUAUAUACUAUUUCUGAUUGCGACGCUAAUUACAACCCUCGGAAUUUGCAUCGGUGUGUUUUAUUAUCACCAACAGUGGCACUCGCGCGGCCAAUUGCGGUUCCAUGGUUUCUGCCAGAUUCCGUACGAUUCGUCCAAUGUCAACGACAACAACAUGGUUUACAUGAACUCGAUGCUUCGUGACGACAGCGAUGAUGGCAUAACACGACUAAACUCUGCACUGCAUCGAUUCGGUCGCAUCGAGGAUCUCUUUAAACCAUUCCAGAAUGAGAUGAACGAAAUGGAGUCACGAAUGGAAGAAACCGAAAAGGAAGUUAGCGAUCAGUUCUUCAAGGAAGAAUUCGAGCUGGGUCUGUCUGAUGAUGAAAACUACUCGAAAAUUGACGUGCCGGUGUUCCGUGGUCAACGACAGGGCCGUUUCCUGCACGACUUCCAUUACAAUCAGUCCGGCAUUAUCGAUAAGGACAACGGCCGUUGUUUCUUGAUGCCACUAGAUCGCGAAACAGUGCUACCACCGAAAUCACUUCGCGAUUUGAUCGAAAAAAUGUGGAAUGGAUACUACAACAUCAAUACGAACACGAUCCGUAAGAACAUGCGCGUUAUUACCCCCGAGUUGAAGGAAUUGGACGAUGUUUCGCCCAGGAUCACAAAGGAGUGUGAAGACAUGAAGAUCUAUCGAUUGGAGAAGCUUGUUUCUGGAGUUUUCAAACGAUCCGCAGAUCUUCACGAGCAUGCCAAAUUCGCUGAAUUUGGCGGCAACUACAUCUCUGUGAUCGAUAUUCAAAACAUGGAGGAUAUUGUUUAAUACAGCAGAAUAACAGAAAGCUAACUUAUUCUGAAUCAAGAGAGUAAGUAAAAUUUAACGUAGUAGAGUAAAAAUAACACCCAGGAAAAUAGCAAGAAAUAGCCGAUUCAGCUUGCGGAAUUUCCCUCGGGAAACCGUUGCCCGUGUACAGUCAUUACUGGAUUUCAUGUUACAGGCCCGAUUCAGAGAAUUGAUUUCCUGAUGAAAAACUACAAAAUUGGUGCGUUUACGUUAUAUAGAAAGCCAAUGCGCUGGAACUUACCAUGUUAUGAUUGAAAAAGACAAAUUAGGUUACUAUAGAUCGCAUCCUCUAAAUUGUAGCAGACGUGUAAACCUAUAUUUUGAUGCUGGAAAAUUUAUUUUACCAAAACACCAUUGAGGGUCAGGUGUUGAACAUUCAAAGAGGAAUGUUAGCACGCGAUAGUUUUAUAUAUAAAUAUAAAAAAAGAAUACAUUUCAAAUAUUAACCAUAUUUAUAACCAACACCCCUUGUCAAUCUCUGAAUGUAGCUUUCGUGAAGCAUUUUUGGUUCACUUCAACAAUUCUGCAGUCAAUCAUGUGAUACCAAUUUUUUUCAGAUUAGUUUAUAUUUUGUCGAUUGCAAAUCAAAAUAGAAUGGUGAUGCUGCUAAAGUCCAACUGCUUUUAAGUUUUAUCAGACGUUAAAAAUGAGUAAACAACCGUUACCGUUUCUUUCAAAAAAAGCAACAACAAAUAACUGAGCUAGAACAGUGUGCUAUUCCUGAAAAUUUGUAAUUUGAUCAGUAACUCUAUAAGAUAUAAGUAAAAUAAUUUAUCGUAGUUACGAGCCGUUUACGAACAGAUUUAGACCACAUUCGGGUGGCUGCAUUGGGACGGGGUCUUGUUCUGGCUUUCUGAUUUUACUGUACGAAUACAGAAUCUGUAAUUGUUCAAGGCACGAAACGAAAGUGAGUGUAAUAAUCCCUGUACAUUUGGGUACGCAACAAUGUAGUACCAUCACAAUAAUUGAAUUGCAGUUUACAUUGAAGUAUUCAAAUAAAGAUUUACUAUAAACUAA